AUGGGUGACUGGAACUUGUUGGGCAGCAUCCUUGAAGAAGUGCACAUCCACUCCACUAUAGUUGGCAAAGUCUGGCUCACAAUCCUGUUCAUAUUCCGGAUGCUAGUGCUGGGAGUGGCUGCUGAGGAUGUCUGGGAUGAUGAGCAGUCAGAAUUCAUCUGCAACACGGAGCAACCUGGCUGCAGCAACAUAUGCUAUGACAAGGCCUUCCCUAUCUCUUUGAUCAGAUACUGGGUAUUGCAGAUCAUAUUUGUAUCUUCUCCAUCUCUUGUUUACAUGGCCCAUGCACUGUACAGAUUAAGGGCUCUAGAGAAAGAGCGACAGAAGAGGAAAGCCCACCUGCGGGCUCAGCUAGAAGAUCUGGAGCCCGUGCCUGAAGAACAUCGGAGAGUGGAGAGGGAGCUGCGAAAGCUGGAAGAACAGAAGAAAGUGAAUAAGGCACCCUUAAGAGGGUCUCUGCUGCGCACCUAUGUCCUACAUAUCCUGACCCGCUCAGUGGUUGAAGUGGGCUUUAUGAUAGGUCAGUACCUUUUGUAUGGAUUUCACAUGUCACCCCUUUACAAAUGUACUCGGCCCCCUUGCCCUAACACGGUGGAUUGCUUUGUGUCCCGACCCACUGAGAAGACCAUCUUUAUGGUCUUCAUGCACAGCAUUGCUAACAAGGAAAUUCCUCUUAGGAAUUCUUUGGAAGAAUGA